CUCGUCCAUUUUUUUUUUUUUGUAUCCAGUUGGUCGCCGUCCACCAGACAUUUUAAACCUGACAGAAAGAGAGAGAGUGAUAUGAGGAGUGCAGUUUUCGGUGACUGGAUGUCAGCAGAGUGACAUACGGAUGCCCGUGUGGCCACACUGAUUAUUGUUAGCGGCUGGGAGUGAUACGGACUCGUCCUGCCCUUCCACAUCUUGAACAGUGGGAGUCAUGAACCGCUGCAAGGUGACGCGUCCUCUGAUUUCAAGCGAAACUUCAGCGCAGACAUGCCGAUGUUAUUAAUCACCAUCUGCACCUAGCUGUGAACGCCAAGCAGCAGCUCCUUUUUUUUCUUUCUUAUCAAGCGACAGGAUCGGGACCAUCUUUGCGCAGUGAUACCAAGAGCGGCGGCGGCGGCCACUCAGGGGAAUGUGGACCGAACCCGGGGCCGUUGAGUCCCGACAUGAUCGGCCUCUUCUGAUUCCAGACUGUUGCCGAAUGUGGUGUGUGUGUGGUCAGUGAGACGCCCUGCAGAGCAACAUGGCAGCAUGUCAGUUGAGCGUCUAGGCGUCUUUAGUGUGGCCUGUGAGCAAUGUGAGCUCCACUAGGGGCGCUGCAGCUCUCCUCACCAAAGCGUCCACCUCUAUUCGGCCGUUCAGAUGCACACCGACAACAAAGCGGCCAACCAUGGCAAGCAGGUCAGCAGCGACGGCCGCUCCCAAGUCCCAGGCGUGAACCAGCUGCAGCAGCAGGGAGGCGUUCCCGGCAUCCAUGGAGCCAAAACCGGACAGGUUUCCCUCGGCAACCCGGGCCAGAAGGCGGCGGCGGGGCAAUCGGUGAGCGGAAGGAUGCUGAAAACCAAACCCAAGCGGGAGCGGAGCGUGUCCAUCGACUCUGGCGAAUCCAGGAGCGGCGCUCCGGCUCCUGCGCUGGAACCAGAUGCCAAAGCAGAGGGUGUGAUGCGCAGCAAGCGGCGCUGCGUUCUGACCAAGAAGCAGCCUUACAGCGGAGACGAAUGGUGUUCUGGUCCAGACACGGAGGACGAAGACAAGCCGCACUCCGGCUCCCAACGUCCGAUCCCGGGACAUUCGGACCGCCUUCCUGCUGGAAGCCUGGCGGCUGAAUCCGGGGCGGCCGUCAUCGGAUCGGGACCGGCGCUGAAGGCGGAGCUGCCGCAGCCUUCACAGCAGGUGGUCUACGUUUUCACUACCUGCCUGGCCAACAGUGCUGCUGAGGCAGUGAUGAAGGGACAAAGUGAUUCAAUCCUUCGCUUUCACCAGCAAAAUGUUCCAAACUCCAAGUUGGAUCAGGGCUACCAACAAGGGAAGCUCUCUAACCUCCCUGAGAAGGUCAACUCCAGCUGCUCUCCGCUAACCGGAACCCCCAAGUCCCAAAGCGGAACACCGCGGCCAGCCUCCGCCGGAGUCGGAGGUCCGUCGUCGGCCGGACACUCUGACAGCGAGUCUGGUCAGGUCAGACCUGCCGGGGCUCCCAGGAGUAACAACGGCGCCUCCCAAAGGACAGGUGGAGGUCUUAGAGAGUCACUUAGUGGUGCUGAAUCCGGUGCUGCCACCUCUCCGUCUGGAGGCGCCAGCAUCCUGUCCGCUCAUCUGCAGGGUGAUGCGCUGCAGAGAGGCGGCAGCAGGAACAUGGAUUGUCUUUCCAAGGAGCAACUUGAACACAGAGAGCGCUCUUUGCAGACUCUGAGAGACAUAGAGCGGCUGCUUCUGCGCAGUGGAGAACCGGGAGGCCCAAGCUGCGGCGGCGCGAACAACCCAACCAACUUGAAUAAUACAGACAGGAGUGGCGCUGAGGAUGGUGAGAUCGGUACGAACGCCUCUGGGAAUUGUGCUAACGCUAGCAUGUUGCCGAAAAAGUACGAAGAGCCUCUCCAGUCCAUGAUUUCCCAAACGCAAUCUCUUGGUGGGGCAGCGCUCGACAACCCGCGUUUAGACUCCCACCACAACCUCCCGCCGCCAUUGCAUCACCAGAUGCCCUCGCCUGGAGACAACAUGGCGCCCCUGAUGGGGCCGGACGGGCUCACACGGGAGCAGAUGGCGUGGCGGAAGCUUAAGGAGGAGUACUACCAGGAAAAGCGGCGGCAGCAUGAGAUUGAGCACCCUGGACCCCCGCAGCACUUUAGAAUGAUUCCUGAGCCUGGCAUGCAUGGGGCCCCGAUGAUGAUUAGAGGGCCACCUCCUCCCUACCACAAUAAACCUGGAGACCAGCAGUGGGAUUCUGGGAAUUUGAUGAGACGGGGAAUUGGUGGGAAUGGGAAAGUGUUUGAAAUGCACCCGGAGGGGCCGCGGGGCCCUCGGUUCCUGGGUCAGAUCCAGAGAGGGCAGCCAAGUGGAGGGGGUUUCCCCGGAUCCAUAGAGGGUCUAGGACCUCAGAGGCCCAUCCGACCCGGGAUGAUCUGGCUGGAAGACGUUGCAAACAGUGGUGGUGGUGGUGGUGGUCCCUUCCAUGGCUGUUACCCUGGCGGAGCUUCCCAACACUUUCAAGACGAUGCCGAGCUUUUAGCGCGUGAAGAAAUGUUCCGGAUCAUGGAGAAACGGCAGAUGCAGGUGUCCAGGUUUGAGCUAGACCGAUUGGCUAAACAGCAGCAGCAGGGGAACAUGGGUUCAAGAAUAAUGGACGGGUUUGGGGGUGCAGAUUUCCCCAACUUAGUAAUGGUGCGAGGCCCGCCGUCUGGCCGGGUCGAUCCAAUGGAUUUUCCCGGUUCAAGGGAGAUCAUGGGGUCACCUGGAGCGUGUCAUCCAAUGAGAGACUUGGUGGAUUCCCCUUUAGGGAGCAGUAUCCCAAUGGGAAUGAACCCUCAGAUGAACCUUCAGCAGCAGCAGAUGAUGAUGUCACAGAGGCUCAGAGGGGGGCCUUUACCAGACAUGUUUGGACCUGGAGAAAUCAGCGGAAGAGGUGGGAAUAAGGGGAUGAUGCCAGGACCCGACGGGCCCUUCCAGUUCCCCAGUCAAGGUCCCUUCCCUGAAGGACAGGUGGACGGGUCGUUUCUCCAACAACCUGGCCCUGAGAUGUUCGGCACUGACCAGCCUGGACCCAAUCAGCUCGGAGCUACGUCUCGGCUCAGCCAUUUGCCUCAAACCGAAGGCCUUAGAGCAGCGGAUCUCGCUUCCAGAAACGCCCCUGAAAUGUCUGUCAGCGUUAACUCCCUUGCCUCUCCAUCAGUGCCUCCGCCUCACCAACUCAAGUCGCCAUCCCUCAAUCAAGAGCCAUCUCCUCUCUUGCCUUCUCCGUCCGCUCCAGGGCUGAAGUCGCCGCUGUCUAACGCUGGGCACCACCCCGGUUUCCCUCCGGCGUCCGGAACGGGAACUCCCUGUUCUUCUUCCUUGAAGUCUCCACAAUUAAUGGCGUCCUCCAACCUCGGCUUGCACUCUCCAUCGGCUUCUCCAAGGCAGCUCAAGUCUCCGGCUAUGGCUGUUGGUUCUCCCGGCUGGACGUCGCCUAAGGUUGCUCUUCCAAGUCCUGGCGGUCCGACCGGUGGAAAGCCCCUCGGCAAUGGAGGAAACGGCUCUACUGAAGCAGGACAGCCACAUCCUCCAAGAAGUUCCAGCUCAACGCCCCUUAGCCAACCAGCUUCUAUGACUGCCAGUAUGUCCUUCACUUCUUCCCCGGGUGCGACGCCAUCCCAGAAUCCUUUAUCCCUCAUCAUGUCUCAGAUGUCAAAGUACGCCGUCCCCAGUACGACCCCACUCUACCACGAUGCAAUCAAAACAAUUGCCACUUCUGACGACGAGAUGCUGUCUGAUCGACCUCUUCUGUCUGGUGUCACUAUUGGAGGAAACAUGGCGAACGCCCAGAUGUCUCAGAUGCUGAACUGUCAAGGCUCCAUCGGAUCCCAGAACGAGCCUCAGAGCCCGAUGGGUCUGGUCAGCCAAGCCCAGCAGCAUCUGUCCCAUGAUGCCCCUGGGCCUGAACUGGGCAUGCCAGCCAUGAGUUCGGUCAUCAUGGGAGGCGGCGCGCCUGACGGGAUGGGCCCCAGCAGCGCGUCGCCGCUGUCGGCGGGUUUUCCUCGCAUGCAGCCCCCCAUGCACUCUCCGAUCGGAGGAAUGCCGCCGAACUUUCCCCAGCCCAGCGACGACAUCCUGCCGCAUCAGCAGCUUCAGAUGCUCAGCAAAGGCCACCAUCACCAGCGUGCGCCGCACCCGUCCGACUCCUUCCCGCCGCUGCCUCUGGGCGACGGCCCGGAUCUGAGCGAGGUGAUUCGGCCGACGCAGACGGGGAUCCCGGAGUUCGAUCUGUCUCGCAUCAUUCCGUCCGACAAGCCCAGCAGCACGCUGCAGUAUUUCCCCAAAAGCGAGCCUCAUCAGAACCCGCACCAGCAGCAUACUCCACAGCAGCUGCUCAAGCAGCUUUCCCAACAUGGCGGCGGCAGCGCGUCGUGCAACCCGCAUCUAGCUAGCCUGCAGAGCAUGGCGGAGCAGCAGCUGCCUCCCCACCCUUCACACGGAGUUAUUCGACAAGGUAUGGGAGGGUCGAGGGCGGUGAUGUCCGCCGGCGGCGCCAUGUGUCCGCCGGGACACAUGAUGGGAAGGACAGGAAUGAUGCCGCCGCAGCAGCAGCAGGCCAUGAUGGCCAACAAUCUCCUCCACCAUCCGUCGGGGCCGUACCCCGGCAUGAUGCCGCCGCAGCAGCACCCGCACAGCUUGAUGACGCAGCAGAACAUUAUGAUGAUGCAGGCGAAACAGAGGAGCAUGCCGAUCCCAGGGGAGCCGUUUGGACACCAGGGGCCCAUGGUGGGGCCGCCCCACCCUCAGGCGGCCAUGAUGGGGCAGCAGCAGCCGCUCAGGCAGCGGGGGAUGACUCUGGACAGUCCGAUCGGCUACGGCUCCGGCGGCAUGGCCAAUAUGCCUUUCUGACCCGGCUUCAUACUUACACAAACUUCCCAACACGUCCGGUUUUAAUGUACUGUUAUUCCCACCUGAGUGAAGUUCCUCCCUCGACAUCUUCUUCAGAUUAAACAGAAUUACUGUCAAACAUUUGUGGAGCAAACAUUUUUUGUGUAUGCUGUUUUUAAAGAUAUUAAGGGAGACAUGGUAGGUAAAAUUCACAUUCUUCAUUCUUCCGUCUGGGUUGGUACUGCUUGCCCAAACACUUAAAAACAUUAACAUCCAGCUGCUUUAUGGAAAUAAGUUAAUAUUUUUUAGUGUCUGGAAAAUUAUCUGUUUGAAAAACCUCUAGAAUGUAAAGUCACAAAUCAGCAGGCACUCCCCCACUACUUGGCCACCCUGGAGAAGCCCAGCCCCGUUGCCUAGCAACCCCAGCAGAAUUCCACCCGUCACCUAGCAACCCAAGACAAAUGUUUUGUUGUUGACUUACCAUCCAGAAACGACUCAUUCUGAAAUUCUGUAGAUAUUCAUAAAUGUUUCCAGAGGUCGUCAAAGGUCAACCAGCCACUAUACAUUUACAAAAUCAAACAAAAUUGAUACAAAUUAACUGCGCUAUGCUUGUGCAGCUAAAAUAUUUGUAGCACAGCUGAUUGACAGUGACUAUUUUUUUGUGCUUGUUGAUGUUCAGUGACCUCUGCAAACGUUUAAUAUUUUAAAAAUUUUGCUAAACAAACUUUUGACACCAACCUCGUUUAAUUUGAAGACGGCUGGGGGGCCAACUUCACUCGGGUGUUAAUCCCGUAUAUGUCUGAGUGAUAAUCUCCAGGUUUUCUGGGUAGAAGCUGAUUUCAAGACAUGUAAAAAUUUCAAGCACUGUAACACUGUUCAAUAAAUUUGAAGCCAUUUUCUAAAUAAUAAAAAUACUGUAAAUUGUGUAAAUUUCCACAAAAUCUGUGUAUUUGCUUGGUGACGGUCAAGAGAGGAGUGCCUCAAAUUUCUAUUUGUUUUAAUAUUGAUUUAUUUUUUUCUCCAAUUUAAAAAAAAACAACUUGUGAAAAUAAAUUAUAUAUAAAUAUAUAAUAUAUACUUGCUGUAUAUAAGAUGCAAUGUGUGAUUGUUUGAAGUUGUUCUGUCUGUUUUAAUAGAAGUCUACAAAUAGAAUAAUAAUCUCUGGAGUUAAUUUGGUUAUUGUGUUUAUUUCUUUAGGCAACAGUUAUUUGUCAUAUAUAUACGUAUAAAAUAAAAAAACUUUGUUUAGCUACAAUACAAGCAAAUAAUAGUUAAUUACAGCCGAAUACCUUUUAUCCACAUAGUAAAUACAAGAUUGUGACAAAGAAAACAGGAAAUGUUGAGUAUAUAUAUGUGUGUGUGUGUGUGUGUGAUAAGUAGGAAUUCACUGAUAUGUCAUAGUUGAUAACUGAUGUUUACCAAUAUCAUAUACAUUUUGCUACCUUUUCAAUACCCCAUGGAAAAAAAUAGACCACACCACUGACUUAAGUUAAAUUCCCCACAAUCCUUUGCUGGAUCACAUGAUCAAAUCCUUUUUUUUUAAUCGAACAGAUAUGCAAAAAUAAAUUACCAAUAUGGCCAAUACUGAUAUUAGCAAUGAUAUAUAUUGCAUCCCUAAUGUUAACCUUUCAAUAUGGCAUUACUUUAAAAAUAUUGUACCUUUUGAGACUUAUUUGUAGCUGACUUUUUCACAGAAAUUGAGCUUAAUUUCCAAUGUUCUACUCUGAGGAAAUGUGGUUCUUUAAUUAAAAUAAAACCUUCAACUGGUUGGUUGUACAGUCAACCAAUCGAUCCAAAGGAAUAUGAAACAAGGUAAAAUACAUUAAAGUACAUUUUCAGAAAACAAUAUACAGUUAAAUGUCAUGUAAAAGCAUUUUAAAGAGUACUUCAAUAAUUUAUGAAAUGACUAGACUGAAAACAGAUGAAAUUGUUUGAGAACAUGGUUACAAAACAGUAGCACCAAGGGACAAACCAACCUGAAUCUAUAAAAUAAAUACAAAACCCAUAACAAAUUAACAUUGUGAAUAGACUAACUUAAUUUUCAGUGCUAUUUAAAUUCUGACAUGUUUAAAUAAUUAUGAAAUGGUUUAAGUAGUCUGUUCAUGCUAACGAGGUGGGCAUGAGUUCAAGACUAAUCUUAGAAAUUUUUGAGAGAAAAAAACAGACGAUGAGAAGUUACAAAUUUGCUAGAAAAAAACUCAGAAUUUUUUAUUUUAUUUUAUUUCUGAGUUUCUAAAUAUGGUAACUUUUAUGUUUUGAAGCUCAUGAGAUUUCCAUGUUUUCUUCUAGAAAAAUUCUCCGAUUAAUCUCCAUUUUGAUCCCAAAUUUCAAGUUUUUUUCUAGCAAAUUUGCAAUUUUUCAGAAAUUUCCAUGUUUUUUCCAAGAACUUUUCUUAGAUUAAUCACUAAAUUUCUGAGAGGGAGAGGGGGUUCUAGAAAUUGUUUGACUUUUCAAACUCAGAAAUUUAGUUUUUUUUUUU